UUUUUUCUCGGUGAUACGUUUUUCAAAAUCAAUCAGAAGAAAGGUACUCCUCGAAUUAUAAGAGCAAUUCGACAACAGAGUGUAAAAUUUGAUCUACACAGGAAUUCUUUGUCAAAUUCGACUCUUUCUUUGGAUAAAACUGCAUCCAUUAUUUAUUACAACAAAUCUACUUGUAGAUCAACAUCCACAUCUUCGAAAUCCCCUGUUCGUUUUUCAAAAUCUGAUGAAGUUUUGAAAACAAGAUCCCCCGUAAAUCAUUCUUCCAAAAGAGAUCCCUCUUCUAACCGCAGAUUAAAUACAGUCCAAACUGCUCAACUUUUUGAACCUGCACCAUCAAGUAGAAAGCAAAAAAAAUGUAAAACGGUUGAAGGAGGUCUUGAACCGACUGAAUCUUCAUUUUACAAUCAACAUUUUCGUCCAUUUGAUAAGAGGACAGUAAAUAAAUUGAAAACUCUUCCGAGGAAUUUUAGGUCUUCAGAAGAUCGUUUCAAAAUACCCAGCUACUUAAAUUUUGAUAAGAAAAAUUGUCCGAGGAAUCGUGAAAAAAAGAGAAUCAAUGAAAAGCGCCGAGGUCUACCAAAAGAAAAAUGCUAUUUUUCUAGUAGUUCAGAGUCUUCUCAAGUGAAUCUGAUGGACCGUUGUCCCAAUCUGUCGACUGAAGAUAUUACACCGCAAAGGCAACGAGCCGGUCUCACAGAAGGCUUCGGUUUGGGUUUUUUGAUGCAGCAUAUGCAAAAAUCGCAAUUUAAGGAAGCAACUGAUGAGAAAGAUAAAAUUACCAAUUUCCAAAAAACUAAAAGGACUUUUCCAUUUCAGAACACCCCGAGUGGUAACUUGAAAAUAAUUCCAAAUCAGGUGGUGUAUGAAUCGAAAAAAGUGAGUGUCCUAGUUGCUGAUCCCAGAAACACGAGGGUAAACGUGAAAGCACAGUUGGAAAAACCAGGACUGAAUUCAGAAAUUGCCGGACAAGAUCCUAUUGAGAUUCCACCUGGCGUGACACCUUCAACGAUUAAUCAACUCCAGGUCCAGGAGAAAUUACCCCGUAUUCCAACAAUAUAUAGGCCAAGGACGCAACCGUAUCGACCGAAACCAGCGGCUCAUCCGGGAGAGAUGGAACACAAACUGACUGCAGAAAAGGGGACCCAUCGUUUGCCUCUACCACCAACUGAGGAAAUCCCAUUGUCCUCAUUAGGGUUCACUGUCGAUCAACCGAUCGAUUGGGAAAAUAUCAUUCUUCCUGAAAAAACGGAUUUGUAUCGAGAACUCGCUAGGAGAAUUACAAAUUACAAAAAUGCAGAUUGUAUCGUCCGACUCGAAGAAGAUGAAUUUCACUGUCACUUAAUAGUACUUCAGAGCUACAGCACAUUCUUUGAUGAAAAAAAUAUCAAAGAGGUUGAUUUAACGGGAAGCAGCGUGACAUCAAGAGCCUUUUCAAUUAUUUACGACUGGAUGAUAAACUCGAGAAAUGAGAGCUGUCAACUUCUUAGACGAGAUAAUAUUCUUGAAAUUUUUGUAGCUGCUCAGUACCUCGGUAUUAAGGAAUUGGAGGAACAAUGUUGGGCUUUCAUAGACAAUGAUGACCUGUUUUCAGAAGAUACAGCUUUUCUAUUAUAUUUAGAAGCUCGAAAAAUUGGUAACACUGCAGUGAUGGAGUUAAUGGUACCAAGAAUAAUGAAAUUUUUCCUAAUGCUCGUCAGUACAAAGGACUUUCUGGAACUUUCAGUUGAUGAACUUUGCCUACUUCUAAAAUCGAAUUACAUAUGCGUAAACAGUGAAAUGGAAGUUUUAAUGUCAGCUGUGAGAUGGUUGAUGUGUGACUGGCAAGAUCGAAAAAUGUACAUGCUCGAUGUUUUGAAAUGUGUCCGAUUUGGCCUAAUAGCCCCAUGGCAAUUGGUCGAUGUGAAGAGGAAUCCAGAAAAUCCGGAAUUUAUGGAACUCAUGUCUUGUCCAGAAGUCCAAAAGAUGGUUGACGAUGGUCUAGCUUUUGUCAUAAUCAAAUACUGGUAUGGUAAUCAAACAGAGGAUUACUAUCACUGGAUUGAUUUACUCGGUCUCACAGAACCAACGAAUCGAAAUUGGGCUGGUGAAGACAAGAAUUACGUAACCUACAGAGAAUUUUUACUCUACCUUGAGGAAUAUCGAAAAACUCAAUUGCCACAACUGAAAACAAGAAGUUCACGGGCAAAGCCGACUCCGCCAAAUUCUUCACCCAAAGAAUCCCCUACACCGCCAGCCAGAACAAGAUCGAUUUAUCCACAAAAUUAUCCAAACUUCGAUCACAAUUCACACGGAUUAUCAGCGAGCACCGGAAAUAACCCUCUGCCUUCUCCGAAACAAGCACCAAAAACGUGUCCAUCAGGAUUUCAGCCUGCAGCAAUGGCUUCCGAGACAAUAUUUCCACCGGAAAUACUAAACGAUUAUCUUAAAAAUUUGGACAGAAAUUCUAAUGGACUGAACAGGUCUACUAUGAAAAACCAAAAAUGAUUUUUCAUCAGGAAAACUUUCAAUCAUUAAAAAAUUAAAACUUAA